CAAAAGCUACAAGCCAAGCCAGUCGAACAGAAACACUACAUCAAAACGGUUGUGCGCUAUGUAUCCAUUAGAUUGUUCUAGUUUAACUUUUGUUAUGUGUUUUGAUUGUGUAUAAAUAAAAACCCUUGGUCUAGGCGAAAAAGAAAAACUAAAAACUGGUCCGCGUAACUUAUUAUUUUACGUCCAUUCAACUUAUAUCAAUUGCGAUUCGAUAAUUUACAUCGGAAACUCACUUUCAUUGAAAGUCUAACCUAGAUCCGUUUGUUUGUUCGGAAUUCCUACUGUGAAAAAGUAAUCUUUUUAAGUUUUGUGAACAAAAGCGGGUGUGAUAAAUUGCGACUUACAUAAUAAAAUAAAUUCUUCUCAUCACAGAAGAACCUGGUUCAUUUUGUUUGUGUGUUUUAUUUAAAAUUGUACUUAUUACCUUAUUGCUCUGCAGCUCUUCCAUCACCAACCAAACCAAACCACCCUUUUAGCAGAAAAUCUUGUUUUAUCCUUGUGAACUGUUUUGUUGUUGUUUUUGAUUGCCUGCGAGUUGCGAAUUCGUUGUCGUUCAAGAUUGCAGUGCACUUGUCACUUUACUGCUGCCGCAUCAGUCAGGGACGUGCUCUCUCGCGUGUGAAUUGACGUUUGUGUCAAAAACGUGUACGGUGUUCGGUGUACCUAUACUUGCAUUCUCUCACUCUCUUUUUCGUCGUCUCUUUGAAUCUCGAGUAAAUCGUCAUAAAUGCGUGCCGAGUGUGUGUAAACAGAAAGCAUAAUAACCCGUCUCACGUGAAUUCAAGUCCACUCAUCUAUCAACUGGAAUCGCUACCGCUGCCGCACCAGCCACCCCUAGCGCUAUUUACAAUCACAGCCCAGCCCCUUAAGCCCUUUUGAUAAAGGGUUUUCUUUUUUGUGACGAAGGUGUAAAAUUGCUGCCACAAAUCUGAGUAUCACCGGAAGUGAUAGUUUUGAUUUUUAUCAAAUGGCUUGGGAGCACCUGAAGCCGGGUAGUUCACCCGUUGAUUGGUGUGAGGGAAAUUAUUUGAUUUCAUCGAACAUAGCUGAGUUUGUCAAUACGAUAAGCAAUUUCUUAUUCUUGUUGUUCCCGCCCGUUUUAAUUUAUCUAUUCAAAGAAUAUGGAAGAUUUGUAACGCCUGGAAUACACAUAUUAUGGGUUCUUCUAAUUGUUGUCGGCUUAAGUUCUAUGUACUUUCAUGCAACCCUUAGUCUAAUUGGACAACUUCUAGAUGAGUUGGCAAUUCUUUGGGUUUUUAUGGCAGCAUAUUCCUUGUUCUUCCCAAAACGUCAUUAUCCGAGAUUCUGUCACAAUGACAGAAAAACAUUCAGCAAAUUUAUGUUCUACUCAGCCCUUCUGGCGACUGGUCUGUCAUUGUGGAAACCAUUCAUUAAUGCCUUUGUGCUGAUGGCCUUAUCGGUGCCUACAAUGGUCAUGUUAUAUAGCGAAUUACAACGAGUUCGCGAUCAACGAGUCUAUCGACUUGGUCUCCGUUCGUGUGCCGUUUGGUUAAUAGCAGUCUUCUGUUGGGUCAACGAUCGAAUGUUCUGUGAUGCUUGGUCAGCCAUUAAUUUUCCCUACCUCCAUGGCCUGUGGCAUGUCUUUAUAUUUAUAGCCUCCUACACUGUACUUGUGUUGUACGCAUAUUUCUACGUAGAUACAGAAUUACCACAACGACAGCCAGUCCUAAGGUACUGGCCUAAAAAUGAAUUUGAACUUGGAAUACCAUUUAUAUCGUUUAAAAAUCUUAGUCCAGAUCAAAAGAGUGCCAUAUAAAAGCUCAAAACAAUGUAAACAAAAAUAGAAGUAGGUAAAAACUUAAUAGACCAAAAUAAAUACAUACAGUAGUUAAAAUAAAAAAACCAAAGUAUAAAGUUAAAAUAUUGUAUUGUUUAUUUAUUGAGUGAGAAAAGUUUUUCUUUUAAACAAGCUAAACAAAAAGAAUUUUAACACUUUUAAACCAAAAUUGCACAUAAUAAUAAAAUUCAGUCGAAGAAAAGACACUCUUUUGAGAGCUUAACAUUAAUUUUAAAAGAAACAAAAUUAAAAGUAACCUAGUUUUAAGUUUAAAUAUACACAAAUGUUAUUUAAUACUAAAAGACGAUGAAAGAAAAUUAUGAACGCUUCCAAAAAAUAUUAUUAAAGAAAAACAUAAGAAAAAUGCUUUAUUAUUUAGACGAGAGUAAUAAUGUAUAUUAUUACUCUCGUAUAUAUAUUAUAGAUUAUGUGACAGAAACAUUUAAAAAUACAAUUAUUCUGUUACUCAAUUGUUAUUAUAUUCAUAAACAUAUCCUAUCUUAUAGAAAUUUAAGUUUUUUUUAUUUAUACAUGCCUUUUGUUUAAAUCUUUAUUUUGAGUUUUCCACAAGCUAUGAACUAUUGUCACUUUAUCUGUCAAAAUAGUAAGCAAUGAAUGAUGACAUUUUUAUAUAAUGUCAAGUUGAACAGCAAACAUCAAUAUAAACUGCUCUAAUGCACAAAUCAUAAGUUUACAUUAAUUUUUAACUUCCCAUGGGAAGUUAUCUUGUUUUGAAAAUUGACAAGAUGAAAAUAAUAAAUUCUUAAAAACACGCCAUCGGUAGUGCUCGUGAUUAAAUUUAAAAAAUGUACACUUUAAGAAUAACAAUUAUUUAACCAAAGUAUCAUCAUACAUUUUUUAUUAUUAUAUUUUAUAUAUGUAAAAACAUUAUGAGGUUUAACUGUUUUGUAAUUUUGUUUGUAAAUUAAGCUAUUGUUUAGUUUAAGUUUCAUUAAAAAAUAUAAACAAUUCUUUUGUUUAAAGGAGAAUUAUGUAGUUCAUGUAUGACUAAUCUUACUUUAUGUCUAUUUUAAUCAGAAGACUAUUAACCGGUUAUGUUUUUAAUAAAUUAGUAUUUUAGUCGUUAGGUGAAAUAUGUUUACGAAUUCUACUGAAAUAUAUAAACCAAGUCUAAGAAUCGAAAA